CGUGCUCGAAGCCCUCUUGAACGGAAGGAAUGGCGGGCGGCGACGGCGAGACAAACGCGUCGACGAACAAUAAUGGCGUUGAGGCGGCGACAGAGGAGCUGGCAGGCGAAGAAGAGGAGAAAGGGUCGGGAGUGCGGUUUCCUCUGGCCAGGAUCAAGAGGAUUAUGAAGGCCGACCCUGAAUUGGGGUUGGCCAGUCAGGAUGCCGUGUUCCUCGUCGCCAAAGCUACGGAACUGUUUGUGGAAUCCUUGGCUCUGGAGGCUUACCACUACACAAGCCAGUCAAAGAAAAAGACAGUGUCGAGACGAGAUGUCGACCACUGCAUUGAUGCCAUAGAAGCGCUAGCCUUUUUGGACGGUGCAAUGGACUGAUGCUGGACAGCCAGGCAGAGGAAUCUUUGCUCCUCUGUUAGUCUUGUUAUAGAAGUUAUUCCUUACUCAAGCAUUCAUACUUGAUAAAACUUUGAAUGUAGAAAUGAUAGGAAUGAAAAUUAAUAUCUUCACAGUGAAGAUAUUCUAUCUCAUUCAUACUUUUUUUUUUCAUUCAUAAAUCUGUUUUUCUUACGCAGAUAUUAAACUAUCCAUUAUUUGAGCUUUCAGACUCAUUUAAACUACUGGGACAACUACACAACAGAUGUGAAGAGUAGACAAAAAAAAGUUUGGUAGUGGUUUCAAAAGUGCUUUGUAAAGACAUUCAGGAAAAUAUAAUUAAUGAUUAAUCCCAGUGCCUCGUGUUGAUCUGUGAUUUUUUGUAAUUUUAUUUUUUAAAUAAAAUGUGCACAUGUAUAUAUACAUAUACUAACAAAAAGU